AAGAAGACGACAUAAGAGGUGCGCCGCUGGUUGAGGUAGGAUUUAGGAGGCAAAUUAAACGAUACAAAAUACGGCUUAGUAUAAAAAAAUUAACAUUAUUAAACAAUGUAUUUUACAGUAUUGUAAUACUUUAUUGUAAAGUACUGACUGAGAGAGUUCUUCCACUAGUGCCAACAUUUACACAGGUUCACAGGAAUCAUUCACAAUAACACCUCAACAUACUCAACAACAAAGAGGUCUGACAAGAAUGAAAGAGAAAGGUCAACAACAAAAUGAAAUGGAGGAUGAACAUCAGCACCAACAUUUUACAAGUCAAGAAAAUCGCUUACAGACUGAUGAGGAUUCACCUGAAGAAAGAGAAGCAGCUAAAAUCUCUUUUACACAAAUAGGACAUUCAAAUAUUGAUGUAAACACUUGCACAGGAGAAAUGCAAUACACCUGUCCUCAUUGUGAAAAGACUUGCACAAGAAAAAGCCACCUUGAGGAUCAUUUAUUAAGUCACGCUGAUGAGAAGACCUUUGCGUGCCCUCAGUGUGAUAAGAGUUUUAAACGACAAAGAAAUCUUGAUGCUCACAUAGAGACUCAUACAGUAGAAAAGCUAUACAGCUGCCCUCAAUGUGAAAAGAACUACAGACGUAAAGGGGAUUUUGAGAAGCAUUUAGUCGCUCACACUCGUGAGAAGCGCUUCACCUGCCCUAAGUGUAAAAAUGAAUUUUUGCGAAAAAAACAUCUUAAUCUUCACAUAAAGACUCACGCUUUCACUUGCCCUCAGUGUGAAAAAGGUUUUUUACGAAAAUGUAAUCUUCGUGUUCACUUAAAGGCUCACAUUAAAGAGAAACGUGAAAAAUCCCUGAAAGAACAUAAAAUGAGUCGCACUGCUCACAAACCUCUCUCUUGCCCUCAAUGUGGAAAGAGUUUUAAAACCAGAAGAAACCUUAAUCUUCACGUAAGGAUUCAUGGUUUGAAUCGGCCUUACACCUGUCCUCAUUGUGGGAAGAGUUUAACAACAAAAACACAUUUAGAAACUCACAUACGCAUUCACACUGGAGAGAAACCUUUCGUCUGCCCGCAGUGUGACAAGAGUUUUACACAACGAGGAGCUCUUCAGUAUCACAUACGACUUCAUACAGGUGAGAGACCUUUCUCUUGCCAUCUGUGUGAUAAGAGUUACAUACAGCCACAGGGUGUCAGACUUCAUCUGCUGUCUGCCCAUUCUGUCAAAAAACUUUAAAAGUGUUCACAUUGUGGAAAGAGUUUUAUUGAAUCUGUGAGGCUGAUCAAACACAAGUGACUGUAUACUGGAGAGAAGCUGCACCGCUGUCAUUCAUGUUGAAGAAGUUUCAGACGAUCACACAGCUGCAGACUCACAGAGAAAAGCGCAGUGAACAAAGAUCAAAUUCAGUCUUCAGGUCUAAACACGUUAUGCGAAAUGAAGAUAAACCUGAUGAUUGAUAAUUUAUUUACUCCAAAAUAUAUUAAUUUUAUUGGAUUACAUCAAGUGGUGAUAAGGUCAUGCGUUCAAUACCAGGAACACACAUGCUGAUGAAAUGUACAGCUUUAAUUGUAUUGUUAAAAGUAUUGUAACUUGCUUUGAAUUAAAGCGUCAGGAAAAUGCAAUGAAAUAUAAA